AUGAAGGACCGGUGUGGGUCGCGAUUCAUGGAGACCGUGAUUCUACUCGCCCCACCGUCACUCCGCUCCUCUCUCCUGCGAGUGGCCCUGCUGCCCCACCUGCUGUCCCUCGCCCUGCACCCCAUCGCCAACUACACCGUGCAGACCGCCCUCUCCGCCCUCCACUCCCCCAACGACGCGUGUGACAGCCUGCUUGCAGCCCUCUCCUAUUCACCGUCACCAGCACCAGUCGACAAAGCAGCAGCAGAUGCAGCAGCGGUGGGCGAUUUGCUGUGGCUGGACGCGUGGCAGGCAGUGCGGGUGAACGACAUGCGCUCCAACCGAGCCAAGAAGCGCCAGCAGCAGCAGGGGUGGGGGUCCGUGCCCGUGGCAGAGCGCGGAGCGGUGUCUUUCGUGGGGUGCAUGGCACUGCAGACCAUCUUCUCGUUUCCCCUGCAAGCUGCGAUCUCAAGGUGCACGCAGUUGGUAAGCUGCGAUCUCAAGCUGCGCCUCUCCCUGCUCUCAUCCCCCUCUGCUCUGCCAGCUGUGCUAAUGAAGCUCCCGCGUAGAUCGCCUCACCUGUUCCAUUCUACCCCUCCCGUCAUACCCCUCCCCUCCCACGUGCAGGAGGCGUCGCAGCGAGUGGUGCGGGCGAUUGUGGCGCUGCCACCCUCCUACCUCAUGCACCUCGCCACGGACAUCAAGGGUACUCAUGAAGCAUCGCAGCGAGUGGUGCGGGCGAUUGUGGCGCUGCCACCUUCCUACCUCAUGCACCUGGCCACGGAUGUCAAGGGUACUCGUGUGCUCUCCGCCUUCUUCCGCGCGGCCGCUAUUCCCUUGGACCUCAAGACCACCAUGCUCACCAGGUAUGUGCGGUUCCUUCCGAGUGCUGCGCUGCCCUCUCCCCGCCCUCUCCCCCCCCCCCCCCCCGCCCUCUCCCCGCCCUCUCCCCGCCCUCUCCCCGCCCUCUCCCCGCCCUCUCCCCGCCCUCUCCCCGCCCUCUCCCCGCCCUCUCCCCGCCCUCUCCCCGCCCUCUCCCCGCCCUCUCCCCGCCCUCUCCCCGCCUUCCUACCUCAUGCACGUGGCAAGGGACGUCAAGGGCACGCGCGUGAUCUCCGCCUUCUUCCGAUCCGUCAACGUCCUUCUGGACCUUGUUCAUGCUUAACAGGAACGUGCGGUGCUCUCAGCCUGAAGCCGCGCCUGACGACGAUAGCAGCGGAUAAGCUGGGAGCAUUCGUGGUGUCGGCAGCGUUUGACGCCAUGGGGGUGGACGGCAAGCAGAUGAUCCUCGCUGAGCUGGCGACGCGCUAUUCGUCGGCGUCGUCCUCUCUGCUGCAGCGGCCUGUCUUCCGCCACAUAGGCCUGGCAGAGUAUCUGGAAAGCCCAGAAGUGUGGCAGAAGCAGCAGCAGCGAAAGGAGGGUCUGCUGCGAGAAUUCCAGGACCUGCUUGGCGCUGCUCCCUCUGCCCCAUCCGCUCUCUCCGCCCCUCCUUCCUCUGCUGUCCCCUCGUCUUUUCCUGCCCAUUCUCCUGCUGUACUGCCUUCUUCCUCCACACCUAAUGCCAAGCCCCGUAAGAAGCAACGAGAACCAGCUGCGGAUGCAGCAGUCUCGGCUGUGACUAAGAAAUUGGAAAGUGGGAAGACGGGAAAAGGGGUCGAUGAGGGGGGAGAGGGGCGACAUGGAGGGGGUGAUGUGGGAAGCAGAGGGGGAGGCAAGUCUGGGGGGGCGCUUAGAGGGAUUGUGGAGCAAUUGGAGCUGGGCAGUGAGAUGGCAAUGUUGGGGUUUAGUGGUGAAGGUGGGGAGAUGGGAGAGGAGGUGGAGGGUGGAAGUGUUUUGAGGAAAAGAAAGGAGAAAGUUGCUGGUGCAGCACCCAAGAAAAGAGGUAGUAUAAUGACGACCGAUCAGACGCGAGAUUCGUCCGUCGAAGCGCCGCUAAGCGGUCCGAACGGCAAUGGCUUCCCGGAGGAUGUGCCGCCGGAAGUCGCGGCUGCAAGCGCGGAGAAGGAGCAAGACCCGGUGACGCGUCGCGAGUGGUGGGGAUGGUUCAUUUACAACGCGGCGGGAAACGCGUUCUCCCUCGUCGCCAUGUCGAUUUUCUUCCCGCUGCUUCUCGUCUACCUCGCCACCGCGCAAGCCGCCACGCAAGCCGGCGCGCCGCCGCCACCGCAGUGCAACGCGACGCUCACGACGGGCUGCUUGCAAUGCGUCGCGGGCAAGGGGCAACAGCUGAUGACGUCAACAGGCUACACGGCAUACGACUCGCCGAACCUGCACGCGGGCGCGCUAUCAAUGGAGCCCGUGGCGUACACGACGGUGGUGAUCGGGCUGGCCGUGGUGGUGCAGAUCAUCGGCCUUGUGUGCUUCGGCGCUGAGGCGGAUUUCGGACAGGGGCGAUGGCGGAUGCUGCUGGUGGGCACGCUGAUGGGUGCAGUCCCGUGCAUUCUCUGUCUGGCGCUCACAGCGCCGUCGCUGUGGUGGCUAGCAGGGCUGUUUGCCAUCAUCGCCAACCUCGGAUACGGCAUCUCACUCGUUGGCUACAACAGCUACCUGCCUGUGCUGGUGGAUGCAUCGCCAAAGGUGCUCGCUGCAGGUCCAGACGAAGCAUCCAUCCUUGCUGUCCGGGAGAAGGUAGAGAACCAAGCAUCACUAUCAGGCCUAGCCAUGGGCACCCUCGCCAGCGUGCUCUCCAUGCUGCUCACCUUCGCCAUCACGCUCCUCAUCCCAGACGACCUGCUCAAGCUCCGCGUCACCGUGGCCGUGUGCGGCAUCUGGUGGAUCGCCCUCUCCGCCUUUACCUUUGCCUGGCUGCACCCGCGCCCCGGCCCACCCAUGCCCAAGACCGGCUUCUCCAUGCUCAACCGCUGGCGCCACCUCUUUCGUCUCUUCAAAGAGGCCUCCCGGUACCGCUACACGUUCAUCUUUCUCGUCUGCCUCGUCGCGUACAGCAGCGGGUUCACCACGAUGCUGCAGAUGGCGGUGCUGUUUGGACAGAACGACCUCUGCCUGUCUGUUUCUUCCAUGGCCAUUGUCGCGCUCACCGUCGCCAUUGUUGCCAUCGCUGGCAUGCCGAUUGCUCUAUUCUUUCAGCGGAAAACCCACGCGACCAACAAGACCAUGGUCGUGAUCCUCCUCACGUGCCUAGUUCCCCUGCCCGUGUGGGGGUUCAUCGGGUAUUUUACUCCCGACGGCGGAUUCGGGUUGAAAUCCGCGUGGGAGAUCUACCUGUGCGCGGCGUGGCUGGGGUUCUUCCUGGGAGCGCUGACGUCAUACUCGCGCACGCUGUUCAUUGAUUUCAUCCCCGUGGGCCGCGAGGGUGCAUUCUUCACACUCUUCUUCAUCUGCGAUCGCAUCAGCUCCUGCAUCGGUCCGUUCGUCAUUGCCGCUGUCACGCAGGUGGGGGGUCAGCUCCGGCCUGUGUUUGGAUAUGUCUUUCUCGUGCUGGUCAUCCCUGUCAUCUCCGUCCAAUUAUUUAUCAACCACAACAAGGGGGUGGCAGAGGCUGGGAGGGCAAAGCAGCAAGAGAGCCUAGUCUAUCAAUAUCGCGAACGGCAGGAGGCCAUGGCGAAGGUCGCUCCCAUCCCCGUUAUAGUGUCGCGACUGGAAUACACACCCACGGACGAGCGCAUGCGACAGAAAGCCGCUAGCGCGUUUCUCGACCUAGACGACCCUGGCGGAAGCGGAACGCGCGCAGGAAGCGCGGAAGGCGGGGAAAACGCGGGAAGCGGGGAAUACGCGGGAGGAGAAGCAUACGCGGAGGGCUCGAGGGUUCCCCUGACGAAGCGGGAGCUAUGGGGGUGGUACUCGUACAACGUUGCAGCGAACUCGUUUAGCGCCGUCGCCAUGCCGAUUUUCAUCCCGCUGCUGCUGCUCCUGCUCGCCGACGCACAAGCUUGGAACGACUCGGGCGCCGCAAAGCCACCGCAGUCCACCGAUGUGAUCACCGCCGACUGCCUGCAAUGCAUGCCGGGGAAGGGGAACCAGCUGGUGACGUCAGCGGGGGGAUACAGCGAGCUGGAGCAGCCGCGCGUGCGGCUCGGCUCGCUUAGCAUCAACCCCGUGUCGUACGCGACGAUCGUGAUCGGCGUCGCCGUGUGCUGCCAGAUCGUCGCACUCGUGUCGCUCGGCCCGUUCACGGACUACGGCCGCGGCAGGAAACAGGUGCGUGCACUGAUGGUUUCAAACGGCUGUUCUGAGAGAGCUGAGAGGACGCAACAGCAUUUACGCUCCUCUGCCUCACCCUUCCCCUCACCCACCUCCAUCCGCUCCCCACAAAACUCCUCUCCUCACUUUUUCACUCCCUUCCUACCGCCUCCUGCUGCUCUCCGCGUCCCUCUUGAUGAUCCCGGACGGUACGUUAUCCUCCUAACAUUCUCAUCCCCCCAAACCAUCCCAACCCCUCUUCACCCCCUCCCUUUCCUCCAGAUGCUCAAGGUGGGCACAUGGAUGGGCGCAGCGGCCUGCACGGCCCUUCUCUUCAUGCUCACACCCUCUCUCUGGCUGCUGGCCGGUCUCCUCGUCAUCAUCGCCAGCAUCGGAUACGGCCUCGCCACCGUCAGCUAUAACGGCUACCUGCCCCUCCUCGUGCACGCGUCACCCGAAGUCCUCUCCGCAGAGGCAAAGGCCGACGCGGAAGCAGUCGCAGCGGCACGGGAAGACGUGGAGAAUCGGUACUCUCUCAUAGGGCUAGCGGCGGGGUGCCUGGGAGAUAUACCGAUCACGCUCGUUGCGUUUGCGCUCACGCUGGUUUCCUCGGAUCAGUCGGUGCAGAUGCGAGUUGCCACCGCGUUUUGUGGCCUCUGCUGGAUCCUCUUCGCGCUCCCCACUUUUCUCUACCUCCGCUCCCGACCGGGACCCCCGCUCCCACUCCCCACUCCUCCUGCGGGGAAUCAUCAUGAGGGAGAGGGGGCGGUGGAAGGCAGGGAUGGGGGCUGCUGCUCCGGCUGUAGCGGCGCUGGCUGCUACAGCUCGGGUGAGGCCUGCCAGGGUUGCUGCUACAGCUGGGGGUCGUGCUACAGCCGGGUGCGGUUCUUUUUCAGCAUUGUGGGUGCGAGCUGGAAAGGAAUGGGGGACACAUUCGCCGAGGCGUAUCGGCACCACCGGAACGCACUCGUGUUCAUCGCAUGCUACUUUGUGUACGCUGAUGGGUUCUCCACUAUCAUCCAAGUGGGGGUGAUUUUCGGGCAGCAGGACCUCUGUGUGCCGCCCGCAACGCUCGCCAUCCUCGCCACCUCGGUCUCAUUCUGGGCAGCAGCCGGCAUGCCGGUGCUGUACCUCAUACAGAGACGAACCAAGUGGAGCAAUAAGACAAUGGCAAUGAUUGCUCUGGGCGGCAUGCUACCCCUGCCGCUCUGGGGCCUCAUCGGCUACUUCACAGAUAGCUUCGGGUUGAAACACACGUGGGAGUUGUUCGCUUACGUGGGGUGGUUUGGCCUGUGUCUCGGCCCACUGCUGUCCUACUCGCGUACUCUGUACGUGGACCUAAUGCCGACGGGCAAGGAGGGCGCGUUCUUUACCAUCUACACCAUCAGUGACAAGGGCAGCUCUUCCUUUGGCCCGUUCGUCGUCGCCAUCAUUGCUCAGGCUUCUGGCACGAUCAGGCCCACCUUUGUGUACAUAUUCCUGGUCAUGUUCAUACCCCUUUUAGUCAUCAUCUUUUGCCUCGACCACAAGCAAGGCAUGGAAGAUGCUGGGCGCAAUAGGCUCACAACGACAGCAAAGACAUUGGAGGAUGGGGAGGAGGCUCUUGGAGCAUGUGAGGAGAGAUUACAGCUUCACUCUGCUGAUGCUCAAGCCAGUCUUUGUGGCAGUAGUGGAGAUGAUGCCAUGUCAUAA